AUGUCGGAGACUGGUAAGAGUCAAUCUAUCCAUAAACGAUUCGAAAACUCAGAGAUUCAACACCGAAGAGUUGUAAUCGAGAACAGUCAUGGUGAGAAACUUGUGGGGGUUUUGCAUGAUACUGGUUCUACAGAGAUUGUUGUCAUCUGCCAUGGGUUUCAGUCAUCAAAGGAUCGGAUUCCAAUGCUGACCAUUGCUAAUGUCUUUGAAAGAGAAAUGAUCAGCUCUUUCCGGUUCGAUUUCGCUGGCAACGGGGAAAGCGAAGGAUCAUUUCAGUAUGGUAACUAUCGCCGUGAGGCUGAAGAUCUCCGCUCUGUUCUGCAACACUUGCGUGGGGAAAACCGUAAGAUUUCUGCAAUAAUCGGACAUAGUAAAGGUGGAAAUGUGGUGCUUUUGUAUGCAGCAAAGUACAAGGAUGUGCAGACAGUUGUCAAUAUCUCAGGCCGGUUUUUUCUUGAGAGAGGAAUCGAAGGCCGGCUUGGUCAGGACUACUUCAAGAGAAUCGAAGAGAAUGGAUUCAUCGAUGUUCGGAACAGAAAGGGAAAGUUUGAAUAUCGGGUAACCGAAGAGAGUCUAAUGGACCGUCUCACAACCAAUACUCAUGAAGCAUGCCUCUCAAUUCAUGAGAACUGCAGGGUCUUAACGGUUCAUGGGUCAAACGAUAGAAUCGUGCCUGUAACAGAAGCUUCCGAAUUUGCCAGAUACAUAAAGAAUCACAAACUGCGUCUUAUCGAAGGAGCUGAUCAUGAGUUCACUUAUCACCAGGAUCAGCUUGCUUCUAUUGUUCUCUCAUUCUUCAAAUUGGAUCCCAAGAAAAAUUGUGUUAGUACAAGUAACCAAGACAUUGUGAGACCAGUUGUUCCUAUCAAGUCACAACUCUAA